AUGGCCUCACCCCAGCCGACUAACCGCUUCCUGUCGGUGGUCCGGUCGAUCCCCUUCCAGAUCGCCAUUGCCAGUGGUGUUUCCUUUACUGCUCCGGGCAUGUGGGAUGCCUUGAACAACUUGGGAGCUGGAGGUGCCGCGGAGCCGUAUGCUGUCUCAGCUGCGAAUGCCCUGCUGUAUGGACUGUUCGCCGUGGUUUGUAUCGCUGCCGGCGCCAUCAACAACCGUAUCGGGCUUCGCUAUGGCCUGGCGCUGGGCGCCAUCGGUUACCCUAUCUACGGUGCCGGUCUGUAUACGAACAAUUAUUCGCCGACGACUUGGUUUCUGCUAUUUGGAAGUGCUUUGUGUGGUAUCUCGGCUGGUUUCUUCUGGGCUGCCGAAGCGGCCAUCAUUAUCGGGUACCCUAGUCCCAAGGACAGAGCAUUUUACCUAGCGAUUUGGCAAACCGCCAAAGCUGCAGGCCCUAUCGUCGGUGGUGCAAUCGAACUGGGCCUUAAUGCUCAAAACUCUGGCAAGGGAACCGUCAGUGCAAGCACGUACAUCGUCUUCAUCGUGCUCAUGUGCCUCGGACUUCCUAUCGGUCUGUGCCUAAGCCCAGCGGAGAAGGUUCAACGCAAAGACAGAACCUUAGUCGUGGUCCAUACGCAAGCCACGUGGAUGGCCGAAUUCAGAGCCGUCAUCUCGCUGCUCUUUACUCGCCGUAUUGCCAUGCUGAUGCCGGCCUUCUUCAUCAGCUACUUCUACAACGGCUUCCAGAGCACCUGGCUGACUGACUACUUUACUGUUCGCUCCCGGGCUUUCUCCUCAUUCUUCACCAACUUCGCCGGCAUCACGUCUUCCUUCCUGAUUGCCACCUUGCUGGACAAGCAGUCUAUCCACAUCAAGACGCGGGCCCGCAUAGCGUUCGCCUCACUCAUUUUCGUGCUCGUAGGCACCUGGAUCUGGGCCACCAUCCUGCAGUACCAGUUCUACUACGAAUACACUGACCCAGUCUUUGACUGGUUCAAGGGCGGGUUCGGCAAGACAUACGCUCUUGUUUUCUUCUGGUCCUUCGGUGGACAGGCUUUCCAACAGUUUCUCUAUUGGCUUGUCGGGCAAUACACCACCGACCUUUCGUCCCUGUCUCACCACUGCGGUAUCCUCCGUGGGUUCGAGGCUCUGGGACAGACUGUUGCCUGGGCUAUGCAAUCCGAAGGCAACGCCAACCACUUCGUCAGCAUCGGUCUCAACUUCGGCAUCACCUUGCUCUGCGUGAUCCCCACCUGGAUCAUCAUCUCCGAGCUCGAGCAUACCCAUGAAGUGGAGGUUCGCGCGGAGGAUACCGCCAAGACUGUCGAUGAUGGCGAGGCCGAGCCGCAGACGGCUUGA